CUCCUCAGAUUCCUUUCCGUUUCUCUUCUCUGACGACGGCUUCAUCUCCCCCGUCCCGAUUUAGCCAGAUGGCCACGCGCGCCGCGCCGGCGCGCCAGCCACCAGCGUCCCGCAAGCGCCGCGCCUCGCCGCCUGCGCUGUCGGCCCCCGUCACGCUGCCGCCGCCGGGCUUCGUGGCGGACAGGGCGGAGGCGGCGGCCCGCGUGGAGCGGCUUCUCCAGUACAGGUUCCGCGACCGCUCCCUGCUCGACGAGGCGCUCACCCACCAGUCCUUCUCCGGCGGCGCCGGCGGCGCCGCCUCCUACCAGAGGCUCGAGUUCGUCGGGGACGCGGCGCUCGGCCUCGCCUUCUCCAACUUCCUCUACCUCACCAACCCCACCGUUGGCCCCGGCGCGCUCUCCACGCUCCGGGCCGCCAACAUCUCCACCGAGAAGCUGGCCCGAGUCGCCGUGCGCCACGACCUCUACCCGCUGCUCCGACGCAACUGCCCCCGCCUCGAUCUCUUGGUAGGACAGUUUAUCGAGUCAGUGAAACAAGAGUUAGAGGAUGACCUUGGCAUUACGCCCUAUGGUGGCAGUGUAUUUAAGGCUCCCAAGGUGCUUGCUGAUAUAGUUGAGGCCAUCGCCGCUGCUGUCUAUGUGGAUUGCAAAUUUAAUAUUGAGGAGCUCUGGAAGGUAACAAGGUUCCUCUUUGAGCCAAUUGUCACGGCAGAAACAAUUGAUGAGCAACCUGUGUCGACGUUGCAUGAACUGUGCCAGAAACAUGGGAAGGAUAUAAAAUUCAAGAGUUGGCAGAAGGGUGGAACAACGGUUGUAAAUGUAUUUGUUGGUGGGGUACUUGUUGGGACAGGCUCCUCAGAGCAGAUGGGAAUCGCUAAGCUCAAUGCCACACGGGAUGCAUUAAGCAAGCUUCAUGGUGGAGGGAAUCAGCAAGUGUUGACAACUGGAGUUGGCCAUGGAUUGGGGGUUGAGGUUGGAGAGCUUAGGGAAUGCAAGAAGAAGCUUAUUGAUCAGUGCAACAGGAAGCUUUGGCCAAAACCCAUCUUCAAGUUAGAGAAGGAAGACGGCCCGGCACAUGAUAGGACAUUUGUUUACUCCGUUCAGGUAGAAACCCAAGGUGGUAUUUGGUUGACUCUAGGUGAUCGGAUGUCAAGAGUAAAGGACGCGGAGAAUUCUGGUGCGCAGAAGAUGUUGGAACAUCUAUUGAAAUUGUGAGAUCCCUAUAUAUUGUCCUUUGGAAAGAACAUAUUUCUAUCUAUCCCUUUGUGAUCCUUAGGCUGAGGCUGUGUCUUGCAAAAAUAAGAGUGAAUUCCGCUUUUUACCCUAUAGUUGUACAUUUGUGACAUUAAUUACCUCAUCGAGUGAAAAUUCGUCUAUAA